AUGGACGUUCUGCCAAAGCGGAUGAACUCGCAGAUCGUGUUGCUGAUGAAGGGUGAUGUGCACACUUCCGAGAAGGCGAUCGCAGGGUACAUGGCCUUCCAUCACACACUGCUCCUGCUCAAAAGCCGGUGUCCCAGCUUCAACGAUGCCAUCGAGGAGAAGCUGCGCCUCUUCGUGGAGGACGAGGAGAUGAGGCGCAAGGAGAACGUACCCAACCUUGGGGAAUUUAUGUGCUUGCUUUCUGUGUCGGACGAGUUCACAUGGGACAAGCUGGCAGUUCCCAUUCUGGAAGAGACUUUCGACCGUGGCGUUCUUUGGCUGGUGAAGGCUUAUCCCCACCUGGCUCAGCUUUUCGCUCCCGUGGACGAGAGGAUCGAGAGAACCUGGGAGACGAGCCGGGUGUCUCGGGAGCUUUUGAUGUUUCAUGCUUGGUUCUUGCAUCAUGUGGCUCACAUCCAGCAUGAGCACGGCCACGGCCCCUGCCGACGAGCAAGUUGCAUCCUCGAGCGCUACGAGCGCACCAAGGGCUUGCCUUUGCAAUCGCACGUCAGUGGCCUCCAGAAGGCCUGCCGCCGCUUCCGUGCCAUCCGGACCUGGCAGGACUUCUUCCGGUCCCUCGAG